AUGGCCGGACUCAGCCCCCAGAUCACCAACCUGAUCAUCAUGCUCGGCAUGAUGCAGGUGUCAAAGAAGAUCCCCUUUGACGACCCGCAGGUUCUCACCAUGGUCCGCGGCGCCUACCUCGCCAGCAAUCUCAUCAUUGCCUUGAUCUACAUCUACGUCCAGCUGCAGGUCAACAAGAAGAAUGGUGCGGUCAAUGACACAACCUUGUGGUGCGCGCGCGCGGUGACUGACAGCCGGACAGACAAAACCACUCUCAAGUACGUGGAGCCCGCUCCCGUCGGCUCCUCCGAGGAGGGCAAGCUCGUCACGACGACUGUGCAGGCCUACGACAGCGCCCAGCUCAAGACGGCCUUCCGCGGCCAGCUCGUGGGCAUGGCCAUGAUGUCGUUCAUGCAUCUGUACCUCAAGUACACCAACCCGCUGCUGAUGCAGAGCAUCAUCCCCCUCAAGAGCGCCCUCGAGAACAACCUUGUCAAGAUCCACGUGUACGGACAGCCGGCGUCGGGCGACCUCAAGAGGCCCUUCAAGGCGGCCGGUGGCUUCAUGGGCGCGAUGCAGGGUGGUGGCGCGCAGAGCGACAAGAAGGCCGUCGAGGCUGCCGAGAGGGCUGGCCGCGGUGGCAUCAAGGACGAGUAG